AUGCCGCAUAGAGAGACUCAUCUAGGUACGGCCAUUACAUCUGGAUGUCGCGGUGAAGGUGAAAGGACGUCAAAGUGUGAGGGAGAACCGUGUCCAACACAGGGCCCUCCCCAGAUAGAAGGCUUCAGGGACUGGCAAGACUGGCAAGAGUGGUCGCACUGCCCUGGCAAAUGCAGCCAGAGGCUCCGCUACCGCGAUUGCAACGAGUAUGGACAGCGGAUGGCCGUGGGUUGCCGUGGUAAACACGUGGAAAUUGAGCCUUGCGGGAUACCCAGCUGUCCAAAGAUGAAAGAAGAGCCCGAAACAUCUAGGUUUAAAAAGAUAGCGAAGCCGAAAAAGGUCUUCAUGGGUACAUGGACACCAUGGGCGCCUUGGUUUACAUGCAGCACCACGUGUGCAGGGGGUACUAAAGAGCGAUACCGUACAUGCCUUGAUAAAGCUGGCAAGGAGCUCGGAAUUGCGGAGUGUGUCGGUGGCGACAUCCAGUAUGGUGAUUGCGGAGAUCCGAACUGUAAGCCUAAACCUCACGUAUGGAAACCUCAGCCUGCUGUUAAAAAGAAAAAGGCUCAAUGGACGGAGUGGGAGACGUGGCUAAAGUGCGACAAAAAAUGCGGUCCCGGUGAAAGGGACCGUUGGCGGGAGUGUAUGGCCGGGGAUGAAUACAGGAGACAAGAGGAAUGUGGUGACCCUAAUGGUUACAAAGAGCUAGAACCCUGCUACUUGAAACCCUGCGAAGAAAUAAUAAGGGCUGGCGUCGAAUGGACACCCUGGAAGGAAUGGUCUGAAUGCAAUUGUGACGAUGGCACUCGAGAACGAUAUCGGAUAUGUCAAUAUGAAAAAUCAAAGGAGUAUACUUUGGGAUGCAGGGGUGAAUACAAAGAUACCAGCUCAUGCAGUUCAACGUCUUGUGGAGGGCAAGGUGGGUCACUUUCCAUGCAAAGGACAGGGGCGGGUGCCGCCCCUGGUAGAACAGACAAGUCCAAUGUGCAACAGAAGAACAACCCUCCUCAACAAUCCAGCAGUAAACCGGAUGUCAAGGCUUGGUCAACUUGGAAUGAUUGGUCAACUUGUACCGCAACCUGCGGCAAAGGCACCCGAUCACGUUGGCGCCAAUGUGAAGGCCCUGAUCAAUCCCUGGCUGUUGGCUGCGUCGGGGAGUACAUGGACUUCAGCGACUGCGAAUCUCAGCCUUGUCAGUCAGCUUCCCGUUCAGGCUCGCGUCAAGGUUCUAGUUCUGGUUCGAGUCAAGUUUUACCUUCCGGUUCAAAUCAAGGUUCGCGUUUGGAUUCGAGUCAAGGUUCUAGAUUCGGUUCUAAUCAAGGUUUACCGUCCGGUUCAAGUCAAGGUUCUAGAUCCGAUUCUAGUCAAGGUUCGCCUUCCAGAUUGAGUCAGGGUUUGCGUUCGGGUUCGAGUCAAGGUUCCAGAUCGGGCUCGAGUCAAGGAAACAUUGGAAGGGCCAAUACGCCUACCAUGAACCGGGCACAAUCGAGAGAAGGAGGGGGAGAAAAUAUAGCAAAAGAUGAAGGCGGUGGUGAAGGAGGAGGUGGGACCGACUGGGGGGCUUGGAACAGCUGGGAGUCGUGUACGGUCACUUGUGGGACUGGUGUGCGCAUGCGUUAUCGGGAGUGUACUUCCAGCAGUUGCAUCGGUGAAGAUGUUGAUGCGGAAGACUGUUACGCUGAUGAACUCUGUGAAGAUAAUACAGCGAUCAGUGAAUUCGAGGCGGACGUAGGAAAAGGCGUGGUCAUUAGUUGCCUUGGAAACCGAUUCGUGGAAGAUCAUCCUGGGUCAAAGGUCGUUUGGUCAAAGAAUGAGCAACCCAUUGAAAUGAAUGAUCGUUUUGUGCUUGUCGACCUUACUGAUCUUGAAAUCAAGCGUGUAGAACCAGACGAUGAGGGUACGUAUGUUUGCGCAAUUCUAUCAGGGGACAAGACAUUCAACCGCCACGUUGUGCUGCUUAAAAUACACUCCAAAAGUGAUGGUGGUGGUGGAGGUUUCCUGAUUAUUGCUGUUAGUAGUCUCAUCGUUGUCAUCAUUUUGAUCGCCGUCGUUGUUGUAAUUCAGAGACGAUCUAAGACCAAAACUAGUGGUGGAAAGUCUAAACCAAAGAAGAGCAAAGAGACAAAGUCAAAGGAAUCCGAAUCAGCUAGUGAAGACGAAGAGGAAGAAGAAGAUGUUGAGCCUGAGCUGGGUCUUGAGGUACCACCUCCUCCCCCUCCACCACCAUCCAUGAAUAAUUCAAACGCAGCGAAUGAAUGGAUGAUUGCUGAAUCACCGCCACCACUAAUACCGUCGCCACCGCCUCGUACUCGAACCUUCAGGAAUGAUCUACUUGCAGCAGACGACUGGACGCUUGAUGAAUCACCAUCACACCCUCCACCACCAGAAGCCCCUCCACCUACCAUGACGGCGCCUCCAAUACCAACCUUUAUACCCGCUCCACCGGUGGUUGCACCUCCCCAACCACCACAGCCGUUCAUGGAUGUACCUUUUCAACAAACUGGGUCACCACCUCCACCAGGUUAUGCACCUUCUAGAAAUAAUAAUUCCAAUGCAGGGAGUGAUGGCGUAUGGACCUAUUCCCUUUCUUCUUGGCCUCCUCAUUUCCCUCCCUGAAAG